AAGCCUGGAACUAUUAAUCAGGCUAUCUUCAGGUGGGAAAGGGAAAGUUGAUGGUAUUGAUGCUGAGCGACGAUAGUUUUUGCGAAGAGGACUAUGUCAUCUCCUUUUACAUAGCCGAAUUCAUCAACUCAUUGACCAAUGUUGCAUACGGUACGUUGUUGGCUGCCUUCACUUUUGUCGCCCGUGGCGGAAAACAAAAGGGCAAUUAAUUAAUUAAUUAAUUACUCGGGGCAAAACAAAACAAAACUCGCUCACUCACUCACACAAAACCACACGCGCGCGCAUACGCGCAGUCUACUAUGCCCUCUGCGCCUUGUACCCUUCAGGAAUGCGCAGCGCGCGCGGGUUCGUCCGGCCCAAGGCCGAUUUCAUGUUGCUGUCGCUGCUCACGCUCGGGAUCGGCUCGUUCCUCUUCCACGCGACGAUGCGGCAGACGCUCGAGUUCGCCGACGAGUUCUCGAUGCUCGGCCUGACCUGGUCGCUGCUGCAGGCCGGUCUGACGGCGGGCCAGCCGGCCGCCCGCGCCCGCCGCAUCACGGCCGCCCUGGCCGCCGCCUACCUCUCCUUCUCGGCCUUCUACCUGUGGUCGGCCGAGAUCAUCUACCAGGUCUUCGCCUUCACCGGCGCCCUUCUCGGCGUGCUGCUGCGCAGCCAGUACGUCUUCCACCUCGCCCGCCCCGCGCUUCCCGAGGCCAAGUGGCGAGACUGGAACCGGAGGACGUGGAAGGCGCUGGGGAUCUGCGUGUUUGGCUACUUACUCUGGACGGUCGAUCUCGAGCGCUGCGCCGACCUCAGGGCCCUCAGGGAGCGCGUCGGGCUACCAUGGGCCUGGCUGUUCGAAUUUCAUGGCUGGUGGCACAUCCUGACUGCUGUCGGCGCGAGCCAGGCCAUGCAGGUUGCCAGGGAGGUCAGGGAGGAGCUGAAGACAGAGCGGAGGAGCUCGAGCAGGUCGAAAUGAUCUGGCUGGGGCCGGCUCCCUCACCACGGUCUUUAAGCCAGACGACGGUAGCAGUUCGGGGCGGACAAUUUCUAAUCAAAGGGUAAUAUCAUUGCCGGUAUAAUACUCAAGACCGAAGCCAAUCUGACAAAGCGGCGCUGCGUUCGCCAGCACAGAGGUUUCAAGUCUAUCUAGUACUGAACACAAAAUUAAUUAACCCCUCUGCUACUUAAGCAUAGCACAGGUGGAUCCCCUGGAGCCUCUCUCCCUU